UUCAAUGCAAGAUUUUUUUUCUUGCAUAAAUUAUGUUCAUGACGUAGUGGCAAAAGGGGCACAUUUCUGGCGAUUCUCACCGACUUUGUGCCUCACAUGGGAGCUUGUGAGGUGCCUGGAGGCUUUUUGGGGGGGCGGGGGGUAUAAAGCGAAGUGUUGGCAUUGCUGCGAGUCGAGACAAGAGGCCAGAUCCCCCAAAACAUUGGAGCCCUCCUUCUUAUCAAUGCAAAUGGCUUUUGUGUGUGCAGCCACUGCGCCUGUCUGGGAGCUGAGAUGCAUUUUUAAUUAGCUGCGACUGAACCAAACUGUGACAAGGACCCCGUAGAAGCGGAGGAUAGAAGUAGUACAGCCAAGCCAUGAAGUCCCAGGACCUUCCUACCUGUGAUGCCCCGCUUGCUGUCAACGAACAGCUGUUCACUGUCUGAGUGCAGAAGUCUUUUUUCAGCCAUUUAAGCUCGGUCCUUUGAAAUUACCUGCCAGAGGUGACCAGGUCAUCGUGAUGUCUGGGCAUGAGACGAUACGUGUGCUAGAGGUUGAGGUUGAUGCAUCUUUGUCUUCAUUGGGGUCUGAGGAGAAGAGUAGUGAGAUCAAAACAGAGGAGGGUAGGCCUCAACCAGAGAUUAGUCAACCACGGGAUGACCAUGCUGGACCGCAGAAUGGUGCUGGUAAACAGCAAGCAGCAUCCGGAGAGGCGCAACACCCCGCUGUUCAAACCCUCACUCCGACUGUGCCAAUCAGCGUAUCGGUACCGCAGACUCCGGCGGCCACUGUGCCUGUCACGGUGCAAGGUUGUUCUCAGGUUCUGUCCCAAGAAAGUCUUGCCUCUCUGAUGACAGGCAUGUUGGCCCAGACAGGCUCCUUGGGCCAACCCCUGCUUAUCCCCAUUAGUAUGGCAGGUUCUAUUGGUGGCCAGGGGGGUCUAGCUGUUCUCACCCUGCCUACAAAUAAUGUGGCCACUCUCUCUGGACUGGCCACUGCCGCCACACAGUCUGCAAACCUCCUUAAAUUGCCCUUUGCUGGCCUUCAAGCAGCGACUGUUCUGAAUUCUAUUCAACCUCAACUACAAACCGGCCCUCAGGCGGUGUUCCAGUCUCCAGCAGGUUCCAUGCAACCAGUGCACACAGCCUUGCAACAGCCCUGUGGUGGCUUGACGUCCCAGACGACACCUGUUGUCAUCUCUGCUUCUCAAGAGGUUCAACCGACUACUGUUGCUACCCAGUCCAACAUAUCAGUGGCUGCGCUGCAGACGGCUGGGCUCUCCAUCAAUCCUGCACUGAUUAAUGCUGCAUCACUUGGUGUGCAGAACCAGUUUCUCAGUUCCCUCACUUCAAGCCCCAUUAUCACCAACGCUAUGUCCAACCUCCUGCCAAGUCAAAUUCUGACAACUACACAGGGGCAGGUGAUAGGAACUCUUCCGUUGUUGGUGAACCCAACUUCACUAACUGGGGGAGCUGCUACUCCAACCCUCCCCCUCCAGGGUCUGCAGGUUCAGACUGUCACCCCGCAGCUGCUCCUCAACAACCAGGGUCAGAUCUUUGCCGCGGUCGGGAAUGGAGCCGCCGCGAUGGGGGCCUCUAAUGCUGUUCUGCCCAAAGCUGCUGUCCCACUUACAACAUCUAAAUCAAACCCACUGUCACCGGCAACAGCUGCCACUCAGUUGCCAGUUGUCAUAGCCCCUCAGCCGUCAGUCCUCAAAAGCACCACCUCGCCAUCCUCUUCGCUCCCCAUCACCUGUGGCGAUGCAGCAAAAGUGGGCCAGCUUGUCAGCAAGCCCCAUCAGACUGUCAGCAGCGAGGAGGGCAUCAAUCUGGAAGAAAUACGUGAGUUUGCCAAGAAUUUCAAAAUCCGUAGGCUUUCAUUGGGGCUGACACAGACUCAAGUUGGACAGGCUUUGACCGCUACAGAGGGCCCAGCUUACAGCCAGUCCGCCAUUUGCAGGUUUGAAAAGCUGGACAUCACCCCCAAGAGUGCCCAGAAGUUGAAGCCAGUGUUGGAGAAGUGGCUUGCUGAAGCUGAGCAUUGGAACCAGAAAGGCCAACAGAACCUGAUGGAGUUUGUUGGUGGCGAGCCGUCAAAGAAACGCAAGCGGCGCACUAGUUUUACACCUCAAGCAAUUGAAGUCCUCAACUCCUACUUUGAGAAGAACUCACUGCCAACAGGCCAGGAGAUCACUGAAAUUGCAAAGGAGCUGAACUACGACCGAGAGGUGGUGCGGGUUUGGUUCUGCAACCGACGACAGACGCUGAAAAACACGAGCAAAAUUAACAUUUUUCAGAUACAGUAGAAAAGUGAAUAUUGUAGAUUUUGUUGUAUAUACAAAAAAUAACAAUUUAUGACUUAAUGCAAGUCAGUACUAAAGUGAGCCCUUGAGUUUUAGGGACGAGUGUACAGUAUACUGUAUAUGCAUGUUCCUCCUAUUUUUUUUUGCUUUAAAAUACGCAAACGUAAGGAUCAAACAUUUGUGGCAUUAUUGUUCAGAAUUUUGAGUAAAGUGGAACAUCAAGCAUGGAACUCCUCGAAAGUCUUUCUGGGAUCCUUUCAUUUGUUUGGCUUUUUAUGUUUUAACCAUCUACAGUAUGUUACUUUUACUUUGGCUUUUUUUUUUUCCCCAGUAAGACUUCUACGUAACCAUACAUGUUAUCACCUGGUAUCAAACUGUUAACUUUUAUUUUACACCUGUGUAACAAAAAUUGUUUUCAAAUUUGAUUCAUGACAAUCAACUAACUCACCUUGCACAUUAUGGGCCUCAGUAUUUUUAGUUAGUACAUAGUGUUGCAUUGUUUUUUAAAGUGAUUAACUUCUUUGAUUUUUAUUUUUUUACCAUUUUAUGACAGUUAAGAAUGUUAAACUUCA